ACUCCACAGCCCCCAUCAUCACCGUUCAGUUCCCAAACAAACUUUACCAACUCACACACACACACACUCCAAUCUGAAACUUUUCCUCCAGCACCCUCCAUCGAAAAGUCGCGUCGCCAGCCAGAAAAGGCAGAAAUGUCCCCUCCAUCCGCACGGCUUCAAACCAAGCCCGUGAUAACGUGUCUGAAGACGUUUCUGAUCUCGUACAGUCUGAUUUUCUGGUUCACAGGAGUGAUCUUGUUGGCUGUUGGAGUAUGGGGAAAGGUUAAUUUGGAGUUUGACCUCCUCCUGACUGCAGACAAGGGCACCAAUGCACCAUAUGUGCUCAUUGGGACCGGAGCCAUCAUCAUCAUCUUCGGGUUGUUCGGUUGCUUUGCUACCUGUCGUGGAAGUCCAUGGAUGCUGAAGCUGUAUGCUAUGUUCCUGAUCCUUGUGUUCUUAGCUGAACUAGUGGCAGGUAUAUCCGGCUUUAUUUUCAGACAUGAGAUAAAAGCAGUGCUCCAAGGUGUCUAUAAUAACGCUGAAUCAGUCUACAGUGGUAAGGGAAACGAAGAUCUGGACAGAAUCCAGAGAACACUGCAGUGCUGUGGAGAGAAGAACUACACCAGCUGGUCAAACACAGAUUACUUCAAAAAAGAGGGCAUUCCCAAAAGCUGCUGCAACAUGACUGCUGGUGGAAACUGCACUUCUGCAGAACUUAAAGAUCUUAACACUGCUGCAUCAGUGGUAUAUCAACGGGGCUGUUUCUCCCUGAUUUCUACAACAUUGGAGGCCAAUCUUGGAAUAAUUGCUGGAAUUUCUUUUGGAAUUGCGUUCUUCCAGCUCAUUGGGAUAUUCCUGGCAUGUUGUCUGUCUCGCUAUAUCACUAACAACCAAUAUGAGAUGGUGUAGUGAUCCACAGGGUAUCAACUGGAGAUCACAGAGAAAUGAAGCUGACAAAAAGGGAAACCAUUUAGUUUCAGUGUUUUGUAUGUGCCUUAGCUAAACCUUUAAUUUUAGAGAAUUUCUGACUGCUUUUUAAAGAAUAUUUCUUGUUCGUAAGUACAUUGAAGGGAAGGAACCGAUUUGCAUUUGUUUAGCCAGAGUUUAAAUAUAACAGCGAUUAGAUAUACAGAAGUUAGAAAGUACGUUUCAGUCGGUGUUAAACUAAGCAGUUAUUCAGUACAUAGUUUACUGCACACCUUUACGUUUGUUUCAUUGGAAUUAACACAUGCUAAAACAUUGCAUCUAGUAAAAAAAAAAAAAAAAAUGUACCAUUUCUUGCAUGCAAUUUAAGUUCAACAUUUGCCCAAAAUGAUAUUUUUGAGUUUUGUUUAUGUCACCAGCCGUUCAUUUUCAAUAACUGGUUUUAAUACAUGUAUGUUCAUUGCAAUUUGGAUUGCUUCUGUGAAAAUGAUGUGGUUAUUUGCCAUUUCUCGACAGUCUUUAUUGAUGUAGCAGCUAUAGUGUUAAUUGUAAGGUUAUUGAAUGUCGUGGUGGUGGGUUUGCUGAAGAGAAAGGUUGUAGUGUCUCCUUAACUGUGUCUUCAAAAUGUGAAAUCUUUUGGCACCCAGGUUGAGCAGGUAACAAUAUUUAACAUGUACAUACAAAGCUACAAAUGUCCCCAUUACACAGGGGUUGAGCUGUAUUUAAAGACAUAUUUGCAUUUGUGAGGCAAAUAAGGUGAUGUAUAAUCCAGAUUACUUUUUAAACUAUAAUUAUUUUCUCUCGUCACUCCUUCAUAAUCAUACCGAUUAGUUUUUGUCAUAAGAUAAACCACUCUCUACGUUUUGUCAGCAUAUGGGUUUACUUUUGGGGCAUGUACACGUUGCAUCUUUACAGCCGGUUCUUUUUUUUGUGCAAAUUGUAAAAUGCAUAGGAACAAUAAACUGUUUUAUGUGAGCAUAGGCUUCAGAUGUAGAA